UUCCCUUUUCUACAUUUUUUCUUUUUUUUUCUCGAUAUUUCGCCAUUUUUAUUUUGCCAUAUUUUUUCGAAAAAAACAAGUGCCAUUAUUUUCUAGCGAGUUUAUUUUGCCAUUAUUUUCCACGUGUUUUUUUAAAACUCAAAAUAGGGGGGGGUGACAUAUCCAUGAAAUACCCAACUCACUUCGCAAUAGAAAGUUUUAUUUUUUACCCCACCUUUAUCCAAUCAUCAUUAUCCGAAUAUUUUUCCUUGUUUUUUAUAAAAUUGUCCCAAAAUUCUUUAUUAUUUUCUAAAUUUUCUAAACAAGGUUUUUUUACAAUUAUUUCUUCUUCUAGUCUUUCCAACAAGUGUUUUCGGCUCUAUUUAUUUUUAAAUUUAUUUAUAUAUUUUUAUAUUUUAUUUUAUAACCUUUUCUCGCCACCUUUGUUUCAAGUUACCGCGCUUUCUCUUUUUCUAUAA